AUGGUAAGAGAGGUUGAGAGUGGGGACUAUCUUAGUACUGACCAUAUGGAUAGGUUCGGAAGCAUACUGGAUGAAAACACUGAGUAUCAUCCUGUAAGCUGUUCGGCCAUUGCUGCAAUGGAAGGUGUUUCGGCUGUCGCUACACCUCACAUACAAAUUCUGUUCUCGGGGAAGAUCGACGCCAGUUCUAUCGGUCAUUGGAUUGUGGUCUUCCACGAUGGCAGUAAUUUGUAUGUGUACGACAGUCUGAACAGUGCCCACCUCACUGCAGACCAAACUAAGCUGCUCUCCCUUCUGUUCCCGGACCUAUCCAUCGUUCCAGCAUUUAUUCCCGUCCAAAGGCAAGAAAACGGUUUUGACUGCGGCGUAUUCGCCAUUGCUAAUGCUACUUCACUUGCCCUUGGCCGGGACCCAGCCAAACUGCGCUAUGAUAUACCAUCAAUGCGCCCCCAUUUGGCUGAAAUGCUGCGCACGGGUAGACUGGAUAUGUUCCCUACGCUAUCAGUGUCCUCUCCUCCUGAGCCAAUAAUCAAAGAUCCUAAUUCUACUUGUUUAAGCAUUGUCGAAUCUUUACCGCCAUUAGAAAUAAGUACCAUGUCCGUCUGUGCUCCAGUUAAAAAGGGGCCGGGUAGACCUAAAAAAGUGAAACGUGGCCGCCCUAAAACUCUUUCAACCACUAAGGAGGAGCAGAUAAAAAAUUCAAAGAAAAACAUCCUCAAGUCAACAGGGAUGCUGUUCAUCGUUACACUGAGCAGCACCCUCAAGUCAACCGAGAUGCUGUUCAACGUUACACUGAGCAGCACCCUCAGGUCCACCGAGAUGCUGUCCAGCGUUACACUGAGCAGCACCCUCAGGUCCACCGAGAUGCUGUUCAGCGUUACACUGAGCAACAUCCUCAGGUCCAUCGAGAUGCUGUUCAGCGCUACACUGAGCAGCAUCCUGAAGUUCACAGGGGUGCUGUUCAGCGUUAUACAGAAAAACAUCCUGACACAAAUUUACAAAAAAUGUCCUCAUUGUCAUGCAAGGCUGUUCGAUGAAGAGAAGGAUAGGAAGAAAUGGUGUUGCGGUGAGGGAUCUUAUAAAGUCCAUAAUUUACCUCCUCUGGACGCCAGUUUCUAUUCUAACCGUCUGUUCAUCGAACGAGCCCGUGCCUACAAUGACUUGUUUGCCUUCUGCGCUCUCGAGGUGACUGGGGGGUACCGUCAUCCUUCAGGCCUCGCCUUCUUUAAGAUCGAAGGUAAGAUGUACCACCAGGUUCACAGUCUGGACGCUCCAGGUCAAAAGUUUAGGACCAAGGGAGGUGAUGUCCAGUUUGUGAACCGGUGCCGCCUGUACAUAGAUGAUGGCGAGGAGCGCAAAAACAUUGCCAUGGGUAGAUCAUUGAACUCAGAAGUCAUUGAUGAAAUUAAUACAUAUCUUCUUUCCUGUAAUCCUUUCAUCAAUGAUUUCCGUAGAUUGAGUGAUGAGCCUUCAGUCAACGCUCAUUUGGAAUUUGAAGUGACCAGCAGAUCUACCCAUGGCCCUGUUCUUGGAGAUAGGCAAACAGGCAUUGAAGUGCACGCUGUAUUGAGCAAUGAAGACACCAUAACUGAUCCAAGAAAAUUGACCAUCUGGAAGAAGAGUGAUAGGCGUCCGUCUUCCGUUGACCUCUUUAGCCCCUUAAUGGAGCCUUUCCAAUAUCCGUUGCUCUAUCCUCAAGGUAAUUUAGGGUGGCAUAUUGGGCGCUUAGACAACCACGGGGGGAAACUUUCACAAUACAAUUACUCUAGAUGUCUCCUCCUCUCCGAUCCCCGUUUCUCGCAUUUCGGCAGGCUGUCUCAAGCAUGGCAGGUCGAGAUGUUCGCGAGGUACGAGGAGGAGCGUCUAAGAUUUAUUCGUUUCUCCCAAACGCGUUCUGCUGCUCAAAAUUCCUUGAGGAUAGGACCACUGGACGAGCUCCUUGAAGCUCAACGGGGUAGGCAAGCUGGUGGGCAGGUUUUAGGCGACAUCACCCGCGAUGAAACAGUCUUGGGUGAGGGUGGGGUGCAGGCUGGAAAAGUUUACCUCCCAAGUUCGUUUACCGGUGGACCCAGAUACAUGAAGGUACAUUACGAGAACGCAAUGGGCCUUGUGUCUCGUCUGGGUUCACCUACGUUUUUCCUGACGUUCACCUUCAGUGCUACUUGGGAGGAAAACAAGAAGGCCUGCCCUCACAACAGCGGGCGCAGUGACCCCUCAACAGCCUGCAGAAUCUUCCAGAUUAAACUUGGCGAACUCCUCCGAGAUCUGCGCAGCGGAGCAAUGUUUAGCCGUCCGGCACGUGACAUUGACUCCGUAAUACGCGCAGACAUCCCUUCGGAGGAGGAAGCCGCUGGAAGACUCAGGAAGUUGGUGCUGAAACACAUGAUUCAUGGUCCAUGUGGUACUGACCACCGCACCGACUUCCUGUGCUGGGACUCUGCAAAGGGGCACUGCAACAAGUUCUACCCCAAGCCUGCCUGCCAAACCACCCACGUGGACGAGAGGGGGUUCGUCCAAUACAAACGAGACUACACAAACGAAGGCUUUAUCACAUCACGUAGGAGACAGAUCAAAGUGCAUGAUGGCUGGGUCGUUCCGUACAAUUCCGCAUUACUGCUCAAAUACGAGGCGCACAUAAACUUGGAGCUUGCUUCUACUCGUCGCGUAAUCAAGUACCUCUUUAAGUACCUCAUGAAAGGCGGUUCUCUCCAGAACGUAACCGUCACUCCCCUGGGGAAACAAGAGGAUGAGGUCGAGCAUUACGUGACGAAGAGAAUGGUGGGUGCCAGCGACGCAUGCUGGCGUCUUCUCGACUUUCCUGUGUCAAAGCUCGAGCCCACCGUUGACUGUCUUCCCGUGCAUUUAGAGGGCAAACAAAGUGUUGUCUUUCGGCCGAGACAGCUCUCUGAUGCAGUCACUCAAGCAAGCUCCAAGCUUAUGGUCUACUUCAAUCGCCCGCACCAUGAAACUUUUGACAAUGUCACGUACCAGACAUUUUACGAGAAGUUCAUGGUGCACACUAAGCGCCCACGUACUGCGGAAUUGUACGAACACCCCGAUGGCCAUCACUUUGUAACGACUCGCCAGCGUGGUGAGAAGGUAUGUAGGUUGAUGUGGGUCUCUCCCAACCGAGGAGAACAAUACUACCUUCGUAUUCUACUUAUGUCUACACCUUGCCGUGGUUACGUUGAUCUUCUGGCUCGUGGCGGUCCUGGUUGCCGGACGUUUCAGGACGUAGCCCGCAAUCUCGGCCUGGUGGAAGACGAAGAAGAAUACAAUCACGCGCUGCGCGAGGCAUCUACGUUUAUGACUGGACCUAGGCUCCGUUCCUUCUUCGUGAUCCUCUGCAACAUGGGAGCUCCCGCUGCUCUUCUGUGGGAGUCUUUCAAGAACCACCUUAGCGAGGAUCACUUAGAAAGGAACCCUCUCGACCCUGAACUGGCGGUGAAACUUACCUUGAUAGACAUCGAUCGGAGCCUCCGCCAGCAGGGAUCGUGCUUGAAAGAUCAUGGACUCCCCUACGUCGAGGAUGACACGACUGAGUUAGGUAGAGAGCUACUCAACUACGGCGAGAACCUCCAGCGAACCAUCGUUGAGGACUGGGUGCCCAAACUCUCCCCAGACCAGCGCCGUGUGUUUGAGUACGUUCGCUCUCUGCUUCUCAACCCCCGUGACCGACGCACUUCUAGAAUCAUAUUUCUGGACGGUCCCGGGGGUUAUGGGAAGACCUCUCUGAUUCGUGUCAUCCUUGCGUAUGUCCGUGGUUGUCGACAGGUUGCACUCGCCGUGGCUAGCUCAGGGAUUGCUGCAAGGAACAUGGCUGGAGGAACAACAGCACAUAGCAUGUUCCGACUCCCUCUAGACCUAGGUCACGGCACAGGUGUGUGGAACAUCACCAACGGGUCCCAGCGAGCAGAACUCAUCAGAGCAGCACAGCUCAUUGUGUUUGAUGAGGCCCCGAUGGCACACCGCUACAUCUUCGAGAUGAUCGACAGAUCCCUCCGGGAUCUCAUGAAUAGUAGUGUGCCAUUCGGGAAUAAGAUCUUCAUCUGCUCCGGAGACUUCCGUCAGAUUGCGCCCGUCGUUGAGAAGGCUCGCACACCAGCUGAUGUCGCGUGCGUGUCACUUCGGGCGUCACAUCUGUGGCGACUGUUCACACUAUUUUCCCUGACGACACCCCAGAGAACUAGUGGUUCCAUUGACUACUCCAACUUCCUCCUUGGAGUAGGCAAUGGAACAAUAAAUCCUUUACUUUUUGGAGAAGGCCGCGAGAGAGAGUCUCUCAUUCCCCUCACUGGGGUGAGAUGCCUCACUUCUCUCGCGGACUUAAUAACGGAUGUGUUUCCUCCUGGUGUUCUGCGAGAUCCUGAUCUUUGUGCGAGACGGGCAAUACUCUCAACUCUGAAUGUGAACGUCAAGGAGAUCAACGGUCGCAUCCUAGACCUCAUGGACGGGCGCAUUCAUGAGUUGAGAAGCGCGGACACCGUGGACAGAGAAGACGACGACGGGCUGGAUGUGGACGUAAAUCUCCUCAACCAGGCCACUGGCAAAGGAGUGCCAGAUCACGUCCUGCGUCUCAAGGUCGGCUCCGUAUGCUUAAUCAUGAGAAACUUAAAUAUCGGUGAUGGACUCGUGAACGGCACCAAAGUCAUUGUGACGGCGAUCAGCAGCCGACUGAUCACCGUCAGACUUAUCGGCAACACGCAACCUAUCGGAAUUCCCCGGAUUACGUUCAGGUUCGCGUUUGCCGAAGGAUCGCCGCUCCGGGUUUGUCGCCGUCAGUUCCCCCUCAUGUUGGCGUACUGCAUGACUGGUCACAAGAGCCAAGGCCAGACAAUUGAGUACGUCGGAGUCGACCUGAGAACGGACUGCUUCACUCAUGGCCAGCUCUACGUCCUGUUGAGAAGAGUGAGACGUCCAGACGACAUCGUCGUUCUUGUACCAGACGACAGAAUAGUAGAAGGAGUCGCCUAUGCAAAGAAUAUUGUAUAUGACGAGCUCCUUCUAAACACUGAUUAA